AUGGCUAUCUCUUUCGGUGAUCUCUCCACCCCUGAUGGUCUGAAGCAGCUUGACGAGUACCUCCUCACCCGCAGCUACAUCUCGGGCUUCCAGGCGUCGCGCGAUGACCUCACGGUCUACAGCGCGCUGAAGACGUUCCCAAAGGGCUACACCAACGCGGCGCGGUGGUACACCCACAUCAAGGCGCUGCUCGGUGCUAACUUCGCCGGCCCCGGCGUGGGUGUGGUGAUCGGCGGUGCUGCUCCUGCCGCCGCUGCUCCCACUGCAGCUGUCGCCACUCCUCCCGCUGCCGAGGCCAAGCCCGCUGAGGACGACGACGACGACGAUCUGGAUCUGUUCGGCGAGGCCACGGAGGAGGAGAAGGCCGCGGCGGCCGAGCGUGAGGCGAAGGCGGCCGCUUCGGGCAAGAAGAAGGAGAGUGAGUAUCCGCCUGACCGCCUGCCUAAACUAUGCUACCUGAAUCUCGACAUGGUUUUCCGCCUGUGGCUGUACCGCGGCAAGUCGUCGGUGCUGCUGGACGUGAAGCCGUGGGACGACGAGACGGACAUGGCCAAGCUGGAGGCGGCCGUGCGCAAGGUGCAGAUGGACGGCCUGCUCUGGGGCGCCUCCAAGCUGGUCCCCGUUGGCAGGGCGAGGCUGCUGAGUACAUCCAGAGCUGCGACAUCGUGGCCUUCAACAAGAUCUAAGGAAGGAGGUUUCUAUCAUAAAAAUCGUCACCGACGGCGACUCAGAUGCGACGACAUCGUGCUGUCUAUUCUUCCUCUUCCAAUUAAUAAUGCUUGGAUGCCUUUAUUCUCAAGAGAACAUGCGGAUACUUCAAGCAAGAGGCUUGCCACCUCCGCCACAGUCAAUGUUGCGCUGAAGUGGUGCUAUGAUUGCGGUGCAACUACAACAACAUAUUGCCACAGUGAAGGGCAGACCUGGAGCGCGGCACUCCGAAAAGACUGCCGACAAAUCAGGGCGGACCAGGAAGGACUCCUGGUAGCGAGUCGUGACUCGUUGCUCCGCCUCUCGGUUCCCAUAGACAAGCGAAGCACAGUCAUGGCUCGGUCAAUCAUUUUAGCCGUCACGCUGGUCCUCGCAGCCGUCGUCUGCCUGUCGGCCGUCAGCGUUGACGGCGCUGCACCGCCGACAAAGACGCAGCUGCGCGCCGAGCUGAAGAAGCUAUCGGCGACGAUCACGAAGAAGUACCCCAAAUACGCCAAGUACUCGGCGCAAGUCAACAAGGUCAUCAAUGUUGCAUUGAACUCCAAGUACGAUUUCUCCGCGCUCAAGAACUCCACGCUCCUCCUGAUGAGCGACGCCGUGGCUGACGCGCUAGCGAAGCGCUUCAAGGGCAAGAAGAUCUCCACCGAUACCGCCUACAACCUCACCGCCGUCCAGAUCAUCGCGACCCGUUUCACGCAGACCCAGCUUCAAGCUAUAACGAGGGGCCAGCUGCUCCGGACUCAGCUCAAGGGUUUGAGUCUUGUUAAGAUGUCCCCUAAGGGCCCGAAUAUAAUGCUGGGCCAGGUGGGCAUGGCGCGUCCCACGUGGAGCACUGUGGUUGAGCCUCAAAUGUACGUCGGGCCGUACUUCAUCGCGCAUGGCGUCAACAACCCGCAGUUCCCGAAAGGCACGAAGCUGCCCGCUUGA